AUGAAAAAAUCUCCUCUUCUACAAGAUGUCUACAUUGCCGAGCUGCUGGUGGAGAGUAAUGUCACACUGGAAGCCCAGACUGUCAUGUCAGUUUUGAAUUCGACAAAUAACAUCUCAGUGACCAGCAGCAAUGGCCAACUCACAGUGUCCCUUCUACAAAACGAACUGGUUGCAGAGUGCCUUCUUGUUGGAGAUGAUACCAGUUGCAAUUGCUCUGCUGGGUACAUCUGGAGCAAUGAAGUGUGCUACAGUACUACCACCUGUUGCACUGAAACUACUUGCACACAAAAUGUGUCCCACAUCACACCACUCUGCAUUGCCAAAGUCCAUGUACACAUCAAUGGAUCAGUCACACUUCCAAGCACAACAGCCUGGGGUAGUAGCCAUGCUACCCAGCUCGAAACUGCCUUUAAAGAACUGAAUGGCUUUGAGUACCUGAACAUAACUGGUAACAGCCUAAUCAACAUGGCUGACUUUGAGGCAGCUGUCAGCGUCAAAUUUGUGACUUCUAAACUUCAAGAAGUAGUCACCAACCUGGAAAACUCUCUCACAGCUAUAGUUUGGGUCGACACUUUAGGAAUGGUCACCAUCGAGUCCCCAGGGACUACAGUGUGCUAUGACUCCACACCACUACUGAAAUGCACAUUUGAUGAGGAAACAGGCAGCGCCGGCUGGAACAUGAGCAGGCCACAUGAGCGCUUUGAGCUCAACGAUGGCACCGUGGUGCAACUGACCACAACUGCAGCACACCAGGACUACAAGUCUUGUGUCGCAGUCAGACUCAACAACGUGACAGGCAUCUGGGCAGGUGUGUAUGAGUGUGGAUUCACUAGUGGGUCAGUCAGGCACACAGCCAAGACAGAACUGAGUGUGGCAAUCCUGCCUGAUUUUAUCAACAUGAAAAUCAAUCCUCUCACUGCCGACUGUACAACGAGCCCUGUAAACGUUCCUAUUAAUGUCAGUGCUACCAUCCCAAACAGCACUGAGAAGUAUGAGCUUCGGUGGAAAGGCCCCUUGGGGAAUCCUUUAACAGAGAAACCCACCACAUCUUAUGAAAAUAAACUGAUCUUCUCUGGUGAAACUUAUAUCUCGUGCAAAAAAGUGCCCAGUGCACAGCAAAUUACUGUUUCUUUUACAAACUCAAAAAAACAACAGAAAAAUGCAACAGUGGAUGUCCCAGUAAUUUAUGUGGGUGACCAAUUUUGCAGUGAGGAAGUAGUAAAUGGAGAGAUCUGGCCUAAGACUCCUGCUUGGGAUACAGCUAUUAAUCGAACAUGUGCUGAGGGCAGGGUUGGCUACAAGUCUCGCACUUGUGAUGGUUCUACCUGGCAGCCAGCGUUCUCCUACUGUGUCAACGAAGAGUUGAACAAAGUUGUGGAUGCAGCAGACAACUUCAAGAAGGGACUAGGGGCUACCCAGGCAGUGGCCAUGGAUAUAUUUGAAGGCCUUAAGAAUAGCUCACUGGCUGAUUCUGGUUCCGAUGACACUAUGGCUGACAUCUCUGCUUCCAUCAUCAUUCUAAAUGUGAUGGCCAGUGCAACAACUCAUGUUGUCUUGCAAGAGGGGGUCUUUCCUAAUCUUAUUGAUGCAGCAAGCAAUAUGUUGAACAAGACUUGGGAUGGAAUCAACUCAUCUUCUGUUCAGAACAUGUCAUCAGAUUACCUUCAGUCUGUGGAGGGUCUGGUAAAGAAUAUCAAAGUGAACAAGUCCAGAGGAUUCAACAGUCAAAACUUAGACCUCAAAUUCUGCUCAGGUAGUGAUUGUAAUGUGUCUGUGUUUGACAUCAGCGUGAACCUAAACUCAACCAACGGAAUAAUAAAAACUAUUGCAGUGAAAAAUCUAAUGGAUAAAUUAAGAAACAACUUCCAUAACACUGUACCUACCAACCUCUUAAUAUCAGCUACACUGGAGGACAACAAUGAUUCAUCUCUGGAAAUUACACUGGACUUCCCCAACAAUCACUCAAAGCUGACUAUACCUUACUGUGUCUUCUGGAACACCACAGAAAGGGAUUGGUCAGAUGCAGGGUGCACUGUCAAAGAUAGUGAUAUUAACCACACAUUCUGUGAGUGCAACCACCUGACUGCAUUCUCUGUCCUCAUGUCCAAGGGUAAUAUACCUGAUCCCAUCCUAGAUAUUAUUACCAAUGUGGGGCUGGGUGUGUCCAUCUGCUCGUUGCUGAUCUUCCUCAUCAUUGAAUCGCUAGUGUGGUCAGCUGUGGUCAAGACCAACCUUUCACAUUUUCGUCACACAGCAAUGGUGAACAUUGCCACAUUCCUAUUGCUCGCUGACUGCAGUUUUUUGGCUUCCAGCUCACCUGAGAAACUCUCUGACACCUGGUGCCUAGUUUUGACCAUAUGCAAACACCUGUUUUUUUUGGCCAUGUUCAGCUGGAUGCUGUGCCUGAGUGUCAUGCUUGUCCACCAGCUCAUCUUUGUCUUCAGCCCACUAAGGAAAAGAGUCUUCAUGUUCCUCUCCAGCAUUGUAGGCUAUGUUUGCCCAAUUCUAAUAGUGGGAUCUAGCUAUGUGUAUUGCAAAUACACCAACGAGCCCUACUAUGAGAAGGCAACGUGUUGGCUACAUUACAAAAAACUCUUGGAGGGCUCUAUUCAUGCUUUCCUUCUCCCUGUGGGAACUGUUGUUUUGACAAAUCUCUUUUCCAUGGUGGUUGUCAUUCUUACUCUGGUGAAGUCCACAGUCCCUGAUGGCAGCAAAGCAGAUGACAAAGAGACAGCCAAAAGCAUCAUUAAAGUGGUGGUCUUUUUGACACCUGUCUUCGGAGUAACAUGGAUCAUCGGCUUCUUUCAACUCCUAAUAGGCCCUGAACAUCCCAUGUUUCAGGUUGCUUCCUACAGUUUCACCAUCCUCAAUUCCUUCCAGGGCUUUUUUGUUUUGAUAACAGGGUGUCUUGCAGAGCAGAAGGUACGAGAAGAAAUGUUAAAGCUCCAUAAUGGUAAGUUUACCAGUAACUUACCAUUCAGACUUACACCACAAAAUGAUGGAAAUGUGCAUCAUAACUGUUUGCUUCCACCCUCAGGCAAAAUCAAAGGGAAAAAGCGACAGCAUGAAGAAUUUGACUUCAACCACAUACACAAAAGACAAAUGAAAGUUGAGAUUAUGCACAGAAACAGCCACUCAUCUAUGCACGUAUGCAGCUCCAGUUGUGGCCCUACGACGAACAUGUCUUAAGAGUUUGCUUUGUGUUAGAUUAUAGUUCAUAGACAGUUACAAAGAUAUAGAUGGUUGUCGUAAAACCAGGUUGAUGGAGUGGUGUACAGGUGACAUAUUUUUGCUGGCAAACCCUGAAGUUAGCAUCACACUGGUUGCCCUGGCAAAACGCCAAUGGGAUUUUUCCAGUGACUUUUGGAUUUUCACAGAAAAUUAACUCCAUGAUCAAAAAAAAUUUUGAUAUUUAGAUGUUUUGUUCAGCAAGAUAAUCUUCACAAAUGAACACCACUUUAACAAUUUGUGAAGCCUAAAUACAACAACCAGAAGUAAAGGGCUACUGUUAUAAACUACAAAAAAAACUACAGCACCGUUGCAUAAUUUCAGCAUGUAAUUUAAUUUAGUGCACUGACCUCUUCUACAAAAGACCUUCUUCUUAGAAAGUUAGUAAUAGUUUGAAAGAGAGUGAAUAUAGACACAUCAAGGCUGUGUUCACCUGUGUGUGUGAACAGGUGAGUAGACUGGUUUUGUGUGCGGUUUUAUGAUGUCAGCAACCUCUGUCGUCUCAUUUAGCCACCUGUUAGCAACCACCUUUUUUAAGAGGUGUAAAAGCUUCAACAAAAUCACAAGUGAGGUAUUUUCUGAUGCAUUGUAUGUCAUAGAAUAAAAUGUGGAAAUGUCUUGAGCUUGCGUAACCAUAGACCUUAUUUCAGACAUCUAACCAAAAACCCAUUUAAAAAAACCCAUUGAUUUUGGGACAAGGGAACCACAAGUGCUAAAAUGCUAACUAAGCUCAACAGAUUUCCAGGACUUUUUCUGGCACCACUCUGUUAUUAACUAAAUCUUAUAUUAAUAGAACACUGAUGUUUUUACAUGGUGUGUAUUCUGUACAAACAGAUUUUAAGUGCUGAGUGUAUAUAGAACAAAAUAGAUAUAUUUUAAUGUGUCUGGCUUGGUUUGACAGUUUUAUUUAAAAGGAAAGUCUGUAAAUGUAUGCUAUUUGACAUGAACCAUAACCUGUAUACUAUGUGUGUAUACCUACUAUAUGUAUCUUAAAAUAUGUUAGCAAAUAAAGACAAAAAAAUAUAACAUAUUUAA